AUGGCCGUAAUAACACUAAGACUACUUCUGGGAGACCGAGAGACCGAGAUAUACCCUCUAGAGAGACCGAAGGACAUCCCAGAGAGACCGCGAGAUCCAGACACAUCCCCUGAGAGAUCGAGGCACCCCCAGAGAGACCGACAGACCAAGACACAACAGAGGAACCGAGACCCCCCGCUCCACCGUCCUACACAGCUCCUGAUUGGUCAUAAAACUCCUGCAGGACGUCAUGCAAGGAUGUCAAGCAACGUGUACACCUACACAGGCAACGUGCACACCUCCACAAGCAGCGUGCACACCUACACAAACAGCGUGCACACCUACACAAGCAAGGUGCACACCUACACAAGCAGCGUGCACACCUACACAAGCAGCGUGCACACCUACACAAGCAAGGUGCACACCUCCACAAGCAAGGUGCACACCUCCACAAGCAAGGUGCACACCUACACAAGCAAGGUGCACACUUCCAUUAGCAAGGUGCACACUCCACAAGCAAGGUGUACACCUCCACAAGCAAGGUGCACACCUCCACAAGCAGCGUGCACACCUACACAAGCAAGGUGCACACUCACACACAAGCAAGGUGCACACUCAUUGCCGAAGCAGCGUGCACACCUCCACAAGCAGCGCACACCUACACAAGCAAGGUGCACACCUACACAAGCAGCGUGCACACUCUACACACUGAAGCAGCGUGCACACCUACACAAGCAGCGUGCACGCACACAAGCAGCGUGCACACUCUACACAAGCAAGGUGCACACUCACGAAGCAGCGUGCGCACACCUACCAAGCAGCGUGUGCACACUCAUUACAAGCAGCGUGCACACCUACACAAGCAGCGUGCACACCUACACAAGCAGCGUGCACACCUACACAAGCAAGGUGCACACCUCCACAAGCAAGGUGCACACCUCCACAAGCAAGGUGCACACCUCCACAAGCAAGGUGCACACCUCCAUCAGCGCGCCUGCACACCUCAGCCUAUUUGAGGUAAUGUUGACAUUAUCACCCCGGCAGCACCAGCGGCCCGCGUUAUCGUUGGCAACUCGUCUAGUGGUGAUCAUAAACUGUUGA